AUGGCCCUCGAAGCGGAAACGAAGCGCCUCGUGUCGCAGUUUGACUUUACCGACGACCAUGUCAACAAGGCCGUCGAGGAGUUCCUCUCCCAGAUGCAGGAGGGCCUCGGCAAGGAUGGCACCAGCAUGAGCCAGAUUCCCACCUACGUCACGGGCGUCCCCAAUGGCACCGAAAAGGGCCUUUACCUGGCCGUCGACCUCGGUGGCACCAACUUCCGUGUCUGCUCCGUCAAGCUCAAUGGCGACACGACUUUCAACCUCACCUACAGCAAGGUCGCCAUCCCCAAGGAGCUCAUGGUUGCCAAGACAGCUACCGAGCUGUUUUCCUUCCUCGCCAAGCAGAUCGAGGCGUUCCUGCGCGAGCACCACAAGGACCAGUUUGAGAACAGUGUCCGCCGCCGCCGCACUGUUAGCUCCAAGUCUGGCUACAAGGACGAGCACAUCUUCCGUCUCGGUUUCACCUUCAGUUUCCCCGUUGAGCAGCUCGCCAUUAACAAGGGCAACCUGAUCCGAUGGACCAAGGGUUUCGAUAUCCCCGACGCUAUCGGCAAGGACGUCUGCGCCCUGCUCCAGGACGAGAUCGACAACCUUCGCCUGCCCGUCCGUGUCGCUGCGCUCGAGGGCUCUCUCCUCGGAGCCAUUUUCGGCACCGGCACCAACGGCGCCUACCUCGAGAAGCUGUCAAACAUCAAGAAGCCCAUCCAGGGAGACUACGACGCGGCCACGGGCGAGAUGGUCGUCAACACAGAGUGGGGUUCGUUCGACAACCAGCUCAACGUCCUGCCCACGACACCGUGGGAUACGUCCCUCGACAAGGACAGCGUCAACCCCGGCAUUCAGAUGUUCGAGAAGCGCGUCUCCGGCAUGUUCCUCGGUGAGAUUGUUCGGCGGGUCGUUGUUGAUAUGAUCAAGGAUGACAAGCUUUCGCUCUUCCGCGACGACAACUCUAGCCACAACGACUGGAGGUCUACCACCGACGUCGACCCCAAGUCGAGCAUUCGCAAGCAGUGGGGCUUGGACAGUGCCAUCAUGUCCGUGGCCGCUUCCGACAACACGCCUGAGCUGUCCACCCUGCGACAGGAGCUCGAGACAGUGUUGCACGUCUACACCCCUUCCUUGGAGGACGCCCAGGCCUUCAAGGCUAUUGCCGGAGCCGUCGGCCGCCGUGCCGCAAGACUCUCCGCCGUUGCGAUCGCUGGUAUUGUCCUGCAGUCCGGCAAACUCGACGACCCCGAGGCCGAAUACAUUGAUAUCGGCGUUGACGGCAGCCUAGUCGAACACUACCCCUUCUUCCGUGACAUGAUUUAUGAAGCACUGCGGGCUGUGAACGGCAUCGGGUCCAAGGGUGCUGAGAAGAUUC